AUGGAUGCGACCGAGCAGGAGGUGGCGUCGGGCGAGGUGCCGGGAGCGAGAGCCGACGCGGCCCCGGGAGUUGUCCAGCCGGUUCCAGACGAUGGUACUCUGGGUCGCAGCCAAAUGGAAGGCAGUGUGGACCCACAAUUGGUCUCUGGUCUGGGCAAAACGCCACAGCAGAUUGCUGCUUCACUGCUGGAGCGGUCUGAGCACCAAAGGGUUGUCCUGGCCACCCGAAUUGAACCUGCGGUGUAUGCAGCCGUCCGCAAACUGGUCCCAGGAGUGGAGUACCAUGGUGGUGCGAAAAUCCUGACACUGCGUGUUCCCAAGGAACUGCCCCGGAAUGAGCUGCAUAGGCUGCCAGGGUCAGUGGCGAUCGUGACGUGUGGGACAGCAGACCUCACUGUCGCCGAGGAGUGCAGGCUUGUGGCAGAACACAUGGGCUGCUACGUCUACAAGAUCACAGAACUGGAAGUUCAAGACUUUCAAAAACUGUUGUCCAAUGCGGAAGCCAUCCAAGCAGCGUCUGUCGUGGUGGUUGUGGCUGGGACAGAUGCUGCGCUACCAAGUGUGGUUGCUGGGCUUGUGGAAGUGCCCGUGGUGGUUGUUCCAACGAGUGCUGGGCAUGCGACGACCAUGGGAGGGGUGGUUACUCUUCUUGCCAACCUCAACAGUGCCUGUCCAGGAAUGAGUGUUGUGAAUGUGGACAAUGGAAUCGGGGCAGCCAUGGCAGCUGCUCGGAUGUUGAAGACAGCAGACAAAAUCAUUGCCCAGAAAUCGCAGCAGGCAUUGAUGGCAGCAACCACUGGCAACAAAGGGCACUUCGAGCAAAAUGGGAAUGGGCACAAGCCAGCUGCAGGGGAUGUCGUUCAGGGGAAUGGCAGUGGUGCGGCCAUGAAUAGUGGGGUGAAUGAUGGCAUGGACGGAAAAAUGGGAGGCAGGAUUGGAAAGCCUUUGUUGGGGCUGUUGAUUUUCCAAACUGUGCCCUUGCUUCCCAAGUUGGUCCCACUUGGCAUCGGCGCCUCUGUGACAUUGACGUAG